AUGUCCAUCCCCGGUUUGGGCCACCUCGUGGCGCCACAACCGACGUCGGCGAACCAGACCCGAACGAUCCGUCUCCAGCCCUUCUGGGAAUGGCGCUUUCAAGUCGCCUUUGACACACAAAUCACCCUCAAGCUCCUCUCGGGCACGGCCGAAAAGGAUGGCACCGAGCUCGCCCUCCAGCACCUCUAUACCUUUGCCGGCACAAAGUCCAAGAUUCUCACACUGCAAGGUUGCGAGCUCGAGGUCGAGGGCGUCCUCACCGACGAGUCCGUGGCCGAGUACCCGAAACCCCAGGACUCGCCGGCGAACUCGGUCCUGAACUUGCACUUCCAGCUCACCGCCAUGCGCCAGCGCGCCGCCGCCGAGAGGAGGGAAGGUCCGAGGAUCGCCGUCUGCGGGCCGCCCACGACUGGCAAGACGAGCCUGACGAGGACCCUGACGAGCUACGCCGCGAGGGUCGGCGCGCAGCCUUUGGUGGUCAAUACGGAUCCCAAGGAAGGGAUGCUGAGCCUGCCGGGGACGUUGAGCGCCAGUGUCGUCGGGACGCUGUUGGACGUCGAGGCUGUUGACGGGUGGGGCACGACGCCGACGAGCGGGCCGAGCCAGGUCCCGGUGAAGCUGCCGCUAGUGUACUACUACGGCCACGCGAGCUCCGAGGAGGACCCGGCAAAGUACAAGGAGCUCGUGAGUAAGAUGGCGGCGACUGUGACGUCGAGGCUGGGGCAGGAUCCCGAGGUUCAGAGCGCGGGCAUGAUUAUCGAUACCCCGGCCGUGACGGAGACCAAUCAGGUCGGCAUGGAGAACUUUGUACAUGCUGUGGAGGAACUUUCGGUCAACAUAAUUAUCGUCUUGGGCUCAGCGAGCCUCAACGCGGAGAUUUCUAAGCGCUUCUCCACGGAAAGAACCAGCCUCGGGGAGCAGUACAGCAUUCUUCUCUUGGAAAAGUCAGAGGGCGUGGUCGAGCGCGACGUGGGCUACAUGCAACAGGCCUGCGAGGCGUCCAUCAAGGAGUACUUCUUUGGUAGUAUCGGCCAGACGCUGAGCCCCGCCACGCAGCAAGUCGAUUUUGACAGCUUGGCGAUAUACAAACUAGGAGACUAUUCCAUGUACGGCGGCGGUGCUGACGAGGGUCUGAUGCGCGUGGACCCCGCACAGCUCAUGGCCCAUUGGACGUUGGCCAUCGUCUAUGCCUCCGUCAAGGACUCGCCAGAGACGAUACGCACGGCCAACGUAAUGGGGUACGUCUACAUUGCCGAUAUUGAUAAGGAGAAGCGCAAGUUGAGGAUUCUAGCGCCGGUGAGCGGCCGGUUGGGGGAUAGGCCCCUAUUGUUGGGCAAGUGGCCUGAGCCCUUUAUCAAUCUCUUGGGAUAG